AUGACGCCCAUGACCAAGUCGCAGAACAACUCGCUCCCUGCCGUGGGAGGCUCAACCACACACGUCGACCCACACCCGCCGCUUCCGCAGGCGAUCCAUCCAACCCCUAGGUCCCCUUCUCCCUCCUCCUUCCUCCAAACCCUGGCGCAAACCCUAAUGUCCGCCGCCGUGGACCCUUCCCGCCUCUCCGGCGAGUCCUCGCCGUCGUCCCCCACCUCCUCCGGCUCCUCCUCCCACUCCUCCUCUGGUGCCGCCGAUGCCGCCGCCACCAACCUGGCCCAGACAGCAUCGACCUCCGCCCUCGGCGAUGACACCGACGCCGAUGCCCCCACCUCCCCGCGCGUGGGGAUGUACUUCGAGACCGAGGACGACGCGUACGAGUUCUACAAGGCCUACGCGGCGCGUCUCGGCUUCGUCGUCCGCAAGUCCAACAAGUCCAAGAACUCAAGGCACACCGUCACCCGCCGCCUCUUCGUCUGCUCCAAGCAGGGCUUCCGCCAGGAGCCCAAGAAGCCCCAGCACGCGACCGCAGGCUCCGGCGUCGCGUCCUCGUCCUCGCUGGCGCCGGCGCCUCGGUGCCCGGACUCGCGCACAGGCUGCCUAGCGUCGCUCACCAUCAAGCUCAUUCCUUCCGCAAACGCCUUCCGCGUUACGGACUUCGUCGCCGAUCACAACCACCCGCUCGCCUCUUCCGCGCCCGCUGUGUCACUGGCCUUGCUGCCGCCAAGCUCGUCACACCACAGCAUUGCCGCCGCGGCCAGCUUGCCAGACCCAAGGGAUGGGCCGCGGCCUGAUAUGCAUUUUGAGACAGAGGAGGAUGCGUAUGUCUUCUACAACAGGUACGCUGAGCACGUAGGCUUCAGUGUCCGCCGUUCCUACAAGAAGCGGAAGCGAGGGAUGAUAGUGUCGCGGAUUUUUGUUUGUUCCCGCGAGGGUGUCAGCGACCGCACCAAGCAAGAGGGUGGAGCCACAGUCAGUGCAAAUGGUGGUGCAGGGUCAGCAGGCACACCUAGGCCGGGUCCGCCACCAACACGGACCGGAUGCCAGGCGAGAAUGGUGAUCAAGAUCACCCCCUGCCGGACAUACCGUGUAGCAAAGUUUUUUCCAGAGCAUAACCAUCCUCUCGCCAAUCCAGAGAGUGUGCAUAAGCUGCGGUCUCAUAAAAUGAGAGCUCGUGCACAUGAGCUUGGGGCAGGGGAAAUGCAUCGAAGGAAGCAAGGGAAGGGUGUGCAGCUUGGGGAUGCUGGCGCAGCAUUGCAAUACUUGGAGGAGUUGCAGGUGUUUGAAAGCUCAAAGAGUUUCAGCAAUGCUUUGAGCCAUUGUCUCUUUGACUGUGAGGAUGAGAUUGAGUUCUUGUCAGCAUGGGAAAAGCUAAUUGAGAAACAUGACAUUAGUGAGAGUGAGUGGCUCAGCAGACUUUUCCUGGUGAAAGAAAAAUGGGCUUUACCUUAUCAGAGAACCAUUUUUUCUGCUGAUAUACUCUCAACUCUUCGUAAGGAUAACAUGAUCAAUGAACUGAAACGAGAGCUCAGUGAGCAAGAAGAUAUCCUGCAGUUCUUCAGGCGUUAUGAGUCUAUUCUGGAAGAGCAUCGAUCAAAGAAAUUGCAUGCUGAUGUUGAUUGCAGCCAGGUUACUCUGCCUAUCCCGUCGUUGCGAAUGCUAAAACAAUCAUCAAAUGCUUAUACACCCGAAGCUUUCAAGAUGUUCCAGGGAGAGUUUGAGGCUUACAUGAAUUGCUUGUCCUUCCCCUGUGAAGCCCGAUUCAGUAACAUGUGCCAGUUGGCUAGCUUGAUUGCUUCAAGAGCUGCCAAAUCUGAGGAUGUGAUGUCAUACAUCGAAAGUCAGUCAAAUGCUCUUCUGAAACAUCUGGAUGAUAUUCUACAGACAGGCUAUCCUGAUAUGGGAAAUCACACUGUUGCUUCAAGUAGUCAACCAAUUUCCUUUGUAGGCAGCCAACAUCCUGACCAUUCAACACCAGUAGGAGUGGUUGCACAGACAACAAAUGGCCUGAUGGGGCUCUGA